GGAGUCGUUUCCAUAAGCUCCACAUCACGAUCCUAUCUAGGAACCGUGGAAGAAACGAAAAAACAAUCUUAAUCCUACGAACAUCACGACAGAUCCACCAUUUUCAAACGGAGCAUUUUCUCCAUCAACAACCCAUAUAAAAUUCAAUCCUCCUCCAAACCCAUUCCAAUUUCUUACACCAUGACGUAACGCGCACACAGAGGAUACUAAAACCAGCGAACACGGCCUUGUCCUAACGCUAAACCCGCGCGCGUAUAAGUAGCGCCAAGCUCGAAAGCGUUGAAUCGAACCACUUGGCUUCGCAGAACUGAAAAGCAAAAAGUGUUCCCGAAAGAUGGCUCAGGAAGUGGUGGAGGGGUUCAAGUUCGACCAGAGUCACGGGAAAGAGAGAGUGAGAGUCGCGCGCGUGUGGAAGACCAAGCAGGGUCGCCACUUCGUUGUGGAGUGGCGCGUGGGGAUCACGCUCCUCUCUGAUUGCGUCAACUCCUAUCUACGCGAUGACAACUCUGACAUCGUUGCAACUGAUACCAUGAAAAACACUGUGUAUGCAAAAGCAAAGGAAUGCUCGGAAAUACUUUCUGUUGAGGACUUUGCUAUAGUACUUGCUAAGCACUUUGUAUCAUUUUACAAACAGGUUACCGGUGCUAUUGUGAAUAUUGUUGAAAAACCGUGGGAGCGUGUUGUUGUGGAUGGCCAACCUCAUGAACAUGGUUUCAAACUUGGGUCUGAGAAGCAUACAGCAGAGGCAGUAGUGCAAAAGUCUGGUGCACUACAGUUGACUUCUGGUAUUGAAGGAUUGUCAGUGUUGAAGACAACCAAGUCUGGUUUUGAGGGUUUCAUAAGAGACAAGUACACAGCACUUCCCGAUACACGUGAAAGGAUGCUAGCAACAGAAGUAACUGCACUGUGGAGGUAUUCGUAUGAAUCAUUAUAUAGCCUCCCUCAGAAGCCGCUUUACUUUACAGACAAGUAUCUGGAAGUGAAAAAAGUUCUGGCUGACACUUUUUUUGGCCCACCAAAUGGAGGAGUCUAUAGCCCAUCUGUUCAAAACACGCUCUACCUGAUGGCAAAGGCCACACUAAACAGAUUUCCUGACAUAGCUUUUGUCCAUCUAAAGAUGCCAAAUCUUCAUUUCAUACCGGUCAAUAUCUCAAACAAGGAUGGUCCUAUUGUGAAGUUUGAUGAUGAUGUGUAUUUACCAACGGACGAGCCACAUGGGUCAAUUAAAGCUAGCUUGAGCCGCCUUUGGUCGAACUCGAAGCUGUAGAAACUAUGGUGCUCAUCCCUUCUGGUGGAUUGCCAGUGCAGCCUAAGCUACCAAACAUGGCCUCAGAGAUACUGGUUUUCAUUAACGUGUCAUGUAAUUCUGGUUUUCUGUUUUCUUUAUAUUUUGUUUCGUGAACUAAUAUGCAUGAAUAACUUCCAGGAGGGAUAUUCUGCAGGUUGCACCAAUGUUAAGUUUUUCUUUUUAUGCCUAAAAUUCCUAAUAAAUUUCUAGUAUCCUUAUGGAGACUGAAAUGUGUUACUAUUA